CGACAUCCCUGCCACGACUGGGUGCGACCGCUGCUCCGCUGCCGGGAAACCUUCGGGGAGUACCACCACCUCGUUCGUGACAUGAGGCUGGACGACGGGGAAGACUUCUUGCAAUAUUUCCGAAUGACGAGGCAGAGAUUUGACCACCUUCUCUCAUUGGUGGGCCCACUUCUCCAGAAGAAGACAACCUUCUGGAGGAAACCAAUUUCCCCAGCGGAAAGGUUGAGCCUGACAAUCAGAUACCUUGCUCAUGGAGGGUCUCAGGUAAUAUGCGGUUCAAGCUACCGGAUUGGACGGACAACAGCAAGCGAAAUAAUCCAAGAGACAUGUCAAGCCCUGCGUAAGGUUCUGGAACCGCUGUACCGCCCUGCACCCAACACUGCGCAGUGGGAGCGCAUUGCAGCAGAGUUUGAACGGCAAUGGAAUUUCCCCAACUGCGUCGGUGCCUUGGACGGCAAACAUGUGGCCAUCCAGGCUCCCCCUGGUGCAGGGUCGGACACUUAUAAUUAUAAGGGGUUUCACAGCAUCGUGCUAAUGGCCAGCUGUGAUGCCAACUAUAAAUUCACUCUGGUAGAUGUUGGCAAGCCAGGACGCUACAGUGAUGGUGGCGUCUUUCGUGACUCCGACAUGGGAGACGCCAUCCUCUCAGGCACAGCAGGCCUCCCUCCGCCAGGGCCCUUGCCGGGGACCAGGACAAAACUGCCGUUUGUGUUUGUGGGCGACGAGGCGUUCCCCCUGCUCACCAACCUGAUGCGCCCUUUUCCUCUAAAGAGCCUGAAGUUGUUGCAAAAAGUCUUCAACUACAGGCUUUCUCGAGCGAGAAGGGUCAUUGAAAACACGUUUUGGAUCCUCGUCGCACGCUGGCGCAUCUCCAGACAACCGAUCCAGGCAUGUCCCGCGACACUGGAGGCGGUUGUCUGGGCAUGCGUCAGCCUCCACAACUACCUCAGGGUAUGCGACGAGGCAGAAAGGGGGGAGCGCCUCUACUGCCCUGCUGGCUACGUUGAUAGCGAGGGCUACCUGGGCGAGACAGUGAGAGGCCAGUGCCACACUGACAGUAGUGACGGCAGUGCUCUGUCAGAUGUGGGCCAACUAAGCUCAAACAUGCAUGCGAGCGAUGCCAAAGGCAUAAGGCACAAGUUCGCCAAAUUCUUCUGCACUCGCCUUGGAGAGGUAUCCUGGCAAUAUAGAGUAGUGUUCCGAGGAGCAGCACCUGUUAACCAUUAG